AAAAACCCAGGUGGAAGUGGUUGAAUUUUGUUUGUGCCAUAGAAUUGCGUCUGCUUUAUUUCUCUCUUAUCGUACAAUUCGAGCCCAAUCGGAAAAGUUAGCGACCGAUUUAGUGGUCAUUACGACGGGAAAGACCGUGAGAGUGAGUGACUGUUGCUGUGGUUUCCCCGCACAAAUUUCUACCUCAUUCAGUGUAAUAAUGUCGACGAACCCAAGUCACCAGAGCAGAACAGCGACGGAGGACGUGCAGAUCGCGAUGGGCGGUUCCGGCGGAGGAUCGGGCGAUGGCGACCCGGACAGACUACCACCGAUUAGCGAGAAGGACCAGCGAUUCCCCUACUGCAUCGUUUGGACCCCCAUUCCGGUGCUCACCUGGCUGCUGCCCAUGAUCGGUCACAUGGGCAUUUGCACCUCGUCGGGAGUGAUCCGUGACUUUGCCGGCCCCUACUUCGUCUCGGAGGACAACAUGGCCUUUGGUCGUCCCACUCGCUACCUGAGAUUGCAUCCCAAGUACGUGGAGGGCGGUAGCUACGCCUGGGAUGAGGCCGUUUCCAAGGCAUCCGUGCUCUAUGGCACCCGCAUCCACAACAUCUUCUGCGACAACUGCCACUCGCAUGUGGCCACGGCUCUCAUAAAUAUGCGCUACAACAACAGCACCAGCUGGAACAUGGUCAUCCUGAGCAUGUGGCUCUUUGUCUGCGGACGGUACGUCGGAAUCGGGGGCUUCAUCAAGACCUGGCUGCCGUUUGCGAUUCUCCUGACCAUCUGCAUACUGCUGGGCGUCUACUUCUAGUGACUAAGAUUAUGUUUAAUCGUUUAG